AUGCUUGUGAGGUCCUUUGCUCGCCGUGCCGCCGGAGCCGCCCGGGCGCUGCCCCCGGCGGCGUUUGUGCGAUUCCAGACCACCGGGCCGGCGCCCGAAACCACGGCCCCAAACACAAAAAGCUCGGCCCAACACACAAAGACGGCCCAAGACACAAAAGCGGCCCAAAACACAAACCUGGCCGCCGCCGCCAACCCCGCCGCAGGCACGCCCGCACAGGCGGCCGCGCCCAAAAAGUACCAGUACCACCGCAAGCUCUUCGACAUCGUCAAGCAGGUGGAGAAGCUGGUGGCCGGCGUGCCCGACGCCAGCAGCCCCGCGCUCGCGGAGGCCAUCGACAUCUUCGAGGAGGGUGCGGCGUACUUGCGCGAGAUCCAGCAGGCCGAGGGCAUCGCGGACGACGCGUUCUACUCGAUCUUCCAGCCCGUGCUGGCCCGGCUCUUCGACUUGGUGGUGGCGGAAAACGCCAGCUUGGGCAGCCGGUCCGUGGAGACCGUGUUGGACAUGAUGGUGGAGCAGCGCGUGGCGCACACGUACCACUUCGUGGCGGUGCAGAAACGCGUGUUGCAGAACACCGCGGACCCGGACGCCUACCCCCGCGUGUUGCAGUUGUGGAUCAUGUUCUUGGACUACGCCAAGCGCAUGGCCGCCACGGCGGCCGGGCGGCUGGUGCGGGGCAACUACGGCGUGUACCGCGACCGCGACUACCGGCUGACGGACCUCUUGCGCUUGGCGUACUUCGCGUUGAUCUCGCACUGUCUCCGCACGGGCGAGGAGUACGACCUCGCCACCACGGUCAAGAUCUUGCAGGUGGCGGACGCGCAGGAGAUCCCGCCGCUGUACUUCGUCACGUCCACGUUGGCGCGCUUGGGCUUGCGCGACGCGUUGGGCGACGAGAUCCGCGCGUUUGCCAAGAAGGUCAGCGAGCAGGACGCCAACAACAUGGACCCCAACGGCGCGGCCGUGUCGCGGCAGAUCGACGUGCUCCUGCGGCUCGCCAGCCCCGUGGGCUUGCGCAAGCUCUACGGCGAGAUGAAGGCGUCGUCCACGCGCAACGCCAUCGCCAUCUCCGAGCAGACGUUGAACCACGUGAUGAGUGCGUUCAUUGCCAUGAAGCUGUUCGACGACGCGCUCGCCAUCUUCGCGGCUAUCUGCGGCGGGCUCGUGCCCAAGCCGUCCCCCGCGUCGUGGGAGUUGGCGCUCAAGGCGCUCGGCCACCCGUCGCACGUGGCGCGCAUGUUGCCGCCCGAGAAGACCGCCGUGCUCGACAAGAUCGAGGCCACGUUCCGCGCCAUGGUGGCCUCGGGCGUGCGCGUCAACGCCAAGGUCUUGGGCGUGCUCUUGGGCGGCUUGGCCACGUUGGACCGGCAGGACUUGGUGGCCAAGUACAUGGCCGAGCACAAGGACGUGCCCAUCGUGCACAUGGCGCGCAACAACAUCCUCGUGGGCAUGGCCGUCAACAAGCAGCUCGCGGAGGCCGAGACCCGCAUGCGCGCCUACUUGGAGGAGGACCCGUCGUUCGUGCCCUCGACGUCGGUCAUGAACACCUUCUUGGCGCACUACGUCGCCACCGGCAACGACUCGGCCGUGGCCGGCAUCCUCGACUUCAUGGCGCAGAAGGGCAUCGAGGAGAACAUCGCCACCAUCACCACCGUGCUCAACUACUACUUCAAGACCUACCGCGACAAGGGCAUGGUGCCCAACGUGCGCGAGCUCAUUGGCGACGUGAUCAAGGACACGUCCAAGUGGGACCAGCACAUGGUGGCCACGCUCAUCGACGGGCUCGUGCGCGACGGCGUCAACAUGGAGGCCGCGCGCGGCGUGUUCAAGUACUUCUGCGAGACCCGCGCCCGGUUCAAGCAUUCCGCGGGCAUGCUCACCUCGAUGAUCAAGGCGGAGAUGGAGUUUGGCUCCGUGCACAACGCCGAGGACUUGUUUGCCUGGUACGUCAAGAACUUGCGCAACGACACCAUGUUGUACAACAUGAUGAUCCGGGGCUUGCUCACCAAGAGGGAGUCCUUGGCCUUGAAGUACUACUCGGACCUCUGCGCCCAGCGUCCGUUCGGCGUGGCCCCCAACUUCUACACCUACUUCUUCCUCAUCGACCACUUCAUGAAGAAGCGCGACCGCACGCGGAUCCAGUGGGUGCUUGACGAACUCGCGGCGGCCGACUUGACUAGCUUUGGCAGGAACUUGCCCCAGAUCAUCAGGAACUUGGCCCGCGAAUACAAGGUGUCUCCGGAAUUGAUGGCCUCGCUCGCUGGCGCCGCCUAG